UUCAACUCUUGUCGGCGUAGCUGAAAAGGACGAAAGUGACCUAAGUGUUGAGAAAAUGCGUUCCUUCCAAGUUUUCGUAAUCGCCGCCGUGUGUGCCGCUGCUAGCGCGGGAUACAUCGGGCAAGCGUACAGCGGAUAUGGCGGAUAUGCUGGCGUUGGUGGCGGAUAUGCCGGCGUAGGUGGUGGAUAUGCUGGCGUAGGUGGCGGAUAUUCCGGAGUUGGUGGCGGAUACUCUGGCUACGACGGUGGUCACCACGGAGGAGACUACUACGCGUAUCCCAAGUACGCGUUUGAUUACUCAGUAAAAGACCCUCACACUGGUGACCACAAAACUCAAUGGGAGACCCGUGAUGGAGAUGUCGUCAAAGGUGCUUACUCGCUUGCUGAGCCUGACGGCACUACUCGUAUUGUCGAGUACACAGCCGACAAACACAACGGUUUCAACGCAGUCGUCAAGCGUGUUGGUCACGCUCACCACCCGCAAGUGUAUGGAAACCACUACGAUGGAGCUGGUCACUACGGAUACCACUAGAUGGCGUUAACUUACAAAUCAGACCUAGUAGUUACAAAGUUAGCUGGCAGGUAGCACUGUAAUUAAUUUUAUUUAAACAGCGCUCAACGUACCUUUCUGAAAAUCGACUCGGAGUGGUCGACCUGUGAUAUUAAUUUCGCAUGACCAGUAAAUCAUAUUUAUAUUUGUAUUAUGUUAUGUACCCAUUAUAAAAUAGGUUAGAUAUAAGGUAAGAGUGACUUGACGAUGUACCGUCAAUAUUAUUUUGAUACAAAGAAAGCCAAAAUAAAAAAGAUUUUAAACGAA